AAUGGAUGCUUUUCAAGGUUACUAUUGAACAUUUGAAAUAGGAAACACUUUGAUAAUUGUUUUCAGCUAUCGCGCAGUACAUUGGGCUUUUGCACCAAUGUCAUGCCUUAGUUCCUCUUAUGACUGCAGCUGUUGCAACUGCAACACCUGUUUGUUCUCAGAUAUCAUCAGGAUAGGCGAUUGUAUCCUGAACUCAUGGUGCACAAACGAGGUUAUAAGGUUCUUAAUCAGUUUAAUCGAUAAACCACAUUUAAACAUAUUGGGAGAUGAUAUAUGUAAAACUAUAGAUCUAAACAGGUCAAAAGAUAUUUUCUACUCCAGUAUGAGGCUAUAUGGUUGCACCAGUCAAUACUUAACUCUCGAUACACAAAAGCUGCUUUCUCCUGAAACCAUGAAUGAUGUUGAGAAAUAUGUUGCAGAAGCUCUGUCGUAUAUUUCACCUAUGUAUCGCAAACUGUUUGUUUUACACAUGCUGUUUGGAAGUCCCGAUAGCGUAUCCCAUGCUGUCUAUUCGGAAUUACGGAAGAAGUUCUUCGGGGAAAGUACAAUUCUGAAUGAAGUUCACUCCAAAUUACAUAUACCAUGGAAUAUAAGUUCAAAGAUACAAGCAUUCGUCAAAAAACCCGACAAAAAGCUUUCCAAAAGAAAUGAAAUGUCUUCAAAUGAACUGAAAAGCACGACAUCGCUAUUUCGAGUGGAUCCAAAGUUUUUGAGAUUUUCACUGGUACCAGUUCCAGUAUGUCCAAUUCAAAUGAAAAAUCCCUUGCGAAAUGAAUCACUGACUGAGAAACAAGACUUGGCUUCUAGAGGACUGGAGAUCAGUAAUAACAAUUCUGUCGAAAAUCCUAACGAAUUACAUGAAUGGGAUAGUUUAAUACAAAAAUCAUGGGAGUCAGUAUCGAGUAAAAUACGUCAAGCAUAUUCUAAAAUCAAAAUACGUUAUGUUUUAAUGCGUGAAAGGAAUAUUUACUGUGGACCAUUUAGCAUUUAUGUGUUAUUAGAAAGACAUCCGAACAGUCCAUUGUGCAAAAGGCGAGUGAUACAUGCAGAUAAUAAAAAUCCUUGGUUAGCUCAUUGUGAAGGGAGUGCUCAACAGCGAACUAUUAAAUUCUUAGAUAUUUCAAUCAAAUCAUUCCAUGAAGAUCAGUCAACUAAGUCUACGACAAAAUGCAAAAAUAAUAAUACUCAUCAGUACAUUGAGACGUCAGAUUUUAUGGCACAUCUUAAUCGUGUUUGGUUAACUGGACACGCUGGAAGUGUACGCACCCUAUGGUUAGAUACUCAACUCCAGUUGUUACUCUCCGGGAGUUAUGAUACAAGUAUACGUUUAUGGAAUUUAUCAGAGACAAGUUAUCAACAACAACAACAAGGUGGGCAUUCUAAUAUGCCUAUGCAGAAUCCAGUAAGUUUUAGAAAUAGUCGAUCAAAGUGUAUACGGAUAUUUCGUGGUCAUACAGACACUGUAUUGUGUAUAUGGUUAGAUCAAAGCAAAUUAUGGCCUAAAACAAAUUUAUUUAUAACAAAGUCAAAACGACCGCAUACCUGCUACAAUUCAAUCAAGUAUAAUGAUGAAAGCAAAAAUGGCAAUAAAUGCUUGAAAAAGAAUGAAAUUCAAGGUACAUAUCAAUUUGCAAGUGGUUCAGUGGAUUGUACAUGCUGUGUAUGGCGAUUAGAUGAACGUAAACCGAUAUGGACAAUGAAACAUGCUAGUGCAGUUACGGCCGUUGGUUUAAGAGGAUUUAUAUGCACAACUGGUGAACGUAAUGGACGUGUCAAUGUCUGGAGAAUAGGCAUUAAUAAACCAACUUUAUUGAAGACACUAAAUGAUCAUACUGAGUGUAUUACAGCCCUAAGAUUUGAUAAUUAUCAUUUGGUGACAUCAUCGAAAGAUAAAUCCGUUAAAAUCUGGUCUAUUAUCGGGGAGUUCACUGACUGCUUGGGAACACUAAUGCAUACUGGUGAAGUAUUAUGUGUUGAAUUAAUUGACUUACGAAUUAUAACUGGAUGUUCAGAUGGUCGUAUACGUGUAUGGAAUUUAUUAACACAACACUGUCAAAGAAUUUUACCCGGGAAUUAUCGUCAUGAUCCAAUUAUAAGUUUAAUGCCUUUAGAAAAUCGAUUAAUUGUCAAUACACAGCAUAAUAUACUGGCGUUUAAUUUUGAUCCUGUCAAUUGGGAAUAUCAUGAAUCGGCCAGGGAUAAAGCAGAGGAAUACUGGUUGAAAGGAAUAAUGACCUGUAAUGCCAAUAAUGGUAAUAAUAAUAAUAAAGUCGUCAGAUCAUCUAGUCAACACAAUUCCCACUUUUCACAAACUAAACUGAAUUAUGCUGAGUCAAGAUACUUCAGAUCACGUCUGAUUGGUUCUGCAGAUCCAAGAUUCUUCAGACAGACAAUGGGUGUGCCGAUGAAGGAUAUAUCAAGUUUGACUUCUCAUCGAUCUUUGAGUGCUCAGUCAAGAUUGAGUAAAACAAGUACAAUAGUAUCACAGUCAUCCGAGAAGACGAAUUCAAUAUCACCACGUUUUUCACGGGAUAAAACUAAAUUGGGACAAUUCGAAUUUUUAAUUUCACCACCUAUACCAGGAACAUAUGCAGCUAAACAUAGAAUUGAAAAACGUCCCAAGUCAGCAUUUGCUGUUACUAAAGCAUUGAAACAAAUGGAACUUGAAAAAUUGACAAUUGAACAACAAUCUAAGGAAGGGAGAAAAUCAUUUUUUUCUGACCUAAAUUUAUUCAAUAAAACAAAUAAAGAAAAAUUACUAUCAUCAUCAUCAUCACCACUAGUGAACGACAAUUCUAAUGAACAGAAGAGAAAAGACAAUAAACUAAUUCAUCAUAAAAUAUUGUCUUCGACACAGUAUUGUUUCCAAUCUCCUCAAGAUAUUAAACAAUUCAAGUUGAAUUUACUAAAACAAAUUCAUAAUUUAAAAAGAAAUCAACUCAACAAUUCAAAAACUGAUCAAAAUUCUAUAAAGGAUACUUAUACGAAAUUAAAUUUAAAUCAUAAAAGUUUGGUGGUGAAAUGUAGGAAGAAUCAUGGCAACAGAGUGUUCGAUUGUAGUGAUUUUGAUAUCAGUGAUAAUGACAACAGUGCUGAUGACACCGAUAGGCUCUUAGAACAAUUAUUCGAUCUAUGUGAAUAUGAUUUUGAACAAGCGCAUAGAAAUAGUCAAAGUUUAAAGAGACUACGGCCAAAAUCAGCACCUGAAGUUAGCAUGGAAUUAAUGUCAGCAAAUGAAGCACGUUCGAUAUUCGCUCAGUCGAGUGUGAAACCGGAAGAUUUCCGUGUUAAACAUAAACAGACGAUUGAUCUUAAUUCAAUUCAAUUGCCAAAGCCUUUUGUUAACCAUGAAAUUAUAAAUCUGUUGAAGAAAAAUAGAAAGCAGACUCUGUGCACAUGAUAAGUACAAUCAAUGAAUUGUAAAAAUUUUCAUUGCAAACAAAAACAGUUGACUUUCAACAUACCAUACAGACUAUUAUCAUGGCAGCAUAGAACAAACUUUUCUUCUUCUUCUUAUUAUUAUUAUCAAUAUUGUUUAUAUAAAUGCAUACAUUUUGUUUAUCUUUACUUCUAUUUUUUGAUCAAACAUACUUAUUGCAUGAUUAUUGGGCAAUGUUAAACUAUCAUAGCCAAAAUGACACUGAACCAGGAUAACUAAUCAGAAUUCAGGCACAGAAAGUUGCACAAUCAUUGAAAAAUGCACUUAAAAACACUAUUAUUAUUAUUACUACUAUUAUUAAUAUAUGUGUAAAACUUGGGCACUAUGGUAGUAAGUAAUUCCAUAUUAGUUUGUUUAUUAGAUAUAUCACACAGUGAAACAGUAUUAUUUACUG